AUGUUUAGCAUCAUUCACUUGUUAUUAUUUUCGCUGAUUCUCAUCGUUACACAAGUUUCAACUGAAAAUCAAUUCGGUAAACCAAUAACAUGUUACACUAAAUUUGAACGCGAAGAAACAAGAGAUCCAAAAUCUAACACGCUCCUCGGUUAUGGAUAUGAAAAUGCUCAUAUAACAGUACAUGAAACUGCAGAAAGGGAGUCAUGUGAAAAAGUCGGUUGCACUUGUUUCAGUUAUAAAGGUGUUUGUUCUCGUCCAUUACGAGGAUCGACUCAUCAUUCGAGAUGUACACCGGACGAUAUAUCGAAAGGGACAAUCAAAUGGCAUCAUGGAUGGACAUCAGCGGCUAAAUGUCAACAAAUGGGCCAAGAACCUCAAACAUAUCUCCAAUUGACAUGUUGCCAUACAGAUCGAUGCAAUAAUCAAAUGGAACAAGUAAUAACCUAUGCUAUACCACAAGAAACAGUUCAAUUGCCGAAUCUUCAUGAACAUCAAGCUCCAGAGUCUGCAUCUAUAUCGGAAAAUCAUCCACCACCACAAUAUAACCAUUAUGCACAAGAGUCAAGUACACCUAGGUGGCAUGAAACCUACAAACCACCGCAAAUGUAUAACGAACCAAGAACAACGUAUUAUAAAUAUAUAGAUCAUUCAACUACAUCUCGUUUGGUUGAAACACCCAAGCCGUCACAAUUGUAUAAAUAUGAUGUACGCAAUUUAACUACAUCAUAUGUUCCUAGCACGCCUCGACCAAAUGAAGUUAACAAUAAGUGUUCAUUAAACAAUAAGGCACUUAUAUCGAGUUCCCUUUCAACUAUUCUCGGAACCAUAUUCUAUCGUUCCAUGUCAAGCGCUUCAUCAUCAAUGUCGCAAGCUGGAGAAAAAAUUAGUAAAUCGAUUAAAAUGAAUAAGCCAUCUGCUAUUAUUCCUGCGUCUGACAAGCAUACAGCUAGUUUAAUCUUCCUACAUGGUCUCGGUGAUGUUGGAGAAAGUUGGCUUGAAGUAUUUGAUAUGUAUAACAUAUCGAAAGCUGCUCGACAUGUAAAAUUCAUAUUUCCAACAGCACCGAUUCGUCCGAUUACAUUGAAUUAUGGAAUGACAAUGACUGGUUGGUUUGAUGCAUUUGGUCUUGAUCGUAGUGCAAAAGAAGAUGAACAAGGAAUAUUAGAAUCAUCAAAAUAUGUCAAUGAUUUAAUUCAAGAUGAAGUUAAUAAUGGAAUUCCAUCGCAACGCGUUAUGGUUGGUGGUUUUUCACAAGGCGGUGCUACUGCUCUUCAUGCAGCAUUAACGACAACACAUCCAUUAGCCGGUGUUCUAGCUCUAUCAACUUGGCUUCCACUAUCUUCAACUUUUCCUAAGGCACUCGUAGCCGGUGACAAGAAACAAAAUUUACCUAUUCUUCAAUGUCAUGGAGUACAAGAUCCAGUCGUUCGAAUGGAAUGGGGUCGAUUGAGUGGAAAAAUUUUCAAAGCGAUGGGAUUUAAUAAAUAUGUUUUUAAAGAAUAUCAAGGAAUGGUUCAUUCAUCAUGCGAUGAAGAAAUCGUUGAUGUUAUUGCUUUUAUCAAACAACAUUUACCGAAGAUGGAUGCUAAACUUUAG